UCGAGGUUUGGACAAACCAUCUCACAUUGUAGGUUAUGGUGUCAGAGAGAGAGCAGCUUUCAGCCAUUUUAGCCGCUGUAAACUGCGCGCAUCCCUUUGGCGGACAUAAGAGGGCUGUUUAAGAAGUGCAAAGCAUGUGCUAGCCUACAUGUGACGACGGCAGCAGAGUGAGAGAUGCGGAGUAUGGGACACACGGAUUACCGCGUGGAAUCAUCUCAGGAGAUGACAGAUGGAGACAUCAGGAGGAUUGGAGCCUGCCAGCCUGCAUCCUAAAUACGCCAUGGACCAGGAGUUCAGCUUUAGCACCUUGAAGAAGCUGGCGGCUGAGCCGGACUACACCGACGUGACUCUGCCGGCGGUGGAGCGCGUGCGAGCGCUCAGUAAGAUGGGCUACAACAUUGAAAUUAAUGAGGAUAUCACCCCCCGCCGCUACUUCCGCUCAGGUGUGGAAAUGGAGCGCAUGGCAGCCGUCUACCUGGAGGAGGGCAGCCUGGAGAAUGCCUUCGUCCUCUACAAUAAAUUCAUCACUUUGUUUGUGGAGAAACUCCCCAGUCAUCGGGAUUACCAGCAGUGCAGCGUCCCAGAGAAGCAAGUGAUAAUGAAGAAAUUGCAAGAAGUGGCUUUUCCUCGCAAAGAUCAAUUGAAGAAACUCCUCCAUGAGAAAUACAGCAAGGAGUACAGUGAAUAUUUGAAGAGGCAGAGCCAGCCUGUGUCUGUCACCAUGUGCGGUGAGCAGUUGCAGAGGCUGACUUUGUUGGAGGAGGAGAGGCAGCGCGUGGCGCAGCUGCGGAAGAUGCAGCUGGAGUCAGAGCAGUUCCGCUACUUUGAAGAUCAGCUGCGCAGACAGGAGCAGGCCAACCGCAAAGAAGAAGCCACCCCCAAAGUGCCUGAACAAACCGACGGCUCCUGCCUGUCCCACACCACCAAAAACCAUGUGCGCCUAGACCCCAAACCGCCAACACCUGCCCCCAAACCAGCGGCCACCUUAGCGGCAGUUCAGAAUCAGCGGGUGGAAGGCCUAAGGCGGGUUCUGAUUCCCCGAGACCUGACAUACAGGUUUUUGCUGCUGGCCGACAGCAACACCGCCAGAGGCAUUGAGACGUGCGGUGUGCUCUGUGGAAAGCUGACUCACAACGAGUUUGUGCUCACACAUGUGAUUGUGCCCAAACAAUCAGCUGGCCCGGACUACUGUGACAUGGAGAACGUGGAAGAGCUCUUCAGUUAUCAGGACCACCAUAACCUACUGACCCUAGGCUGGAUCCAUACACACCCCACGCAGACAGCUUUCCUUUCCAGUGUGGAUCUGCACACACACAGCUCCUAUCAACUUAUGUUGCCUGAGGCCAUCGCCAUUGUCUGCUCGCCCAAGCAUAACGAUACGGGGGUUUUCAGACUCACCUGUGCUGGAAUGGGGGAGGUGGCAGGCUGCAGACUGAAGGGCUUUCACCCUCACUCAAAAGACCCCCCACUCUUCACUGUCUGUAAGCAUGUGGUCGUGAGGGAUUCCAAAACGACGGUGCUGGACCUCAGGUGACAGAGAAGGGGAAUGCACACUUCAGAGGAAGCAGGGGCAGCCCCAGAAGCCCUAUUUAUAUCUUUGUCUCCUUGAAGGCUUUUUGUAUUUAUUUAUUUAACAAGGUACUGUGAAGUGGAAUCUCUGUGUUGCACAGGUUGAUGUUGGCAUCUUCUAGUGAAGCUGUAAACCUGUUAAGUGGCGUUUUCCCUCUUUCUCGAAUUUGUUAUUGACUUUUUAAUGGCUUGCUUUUGCAUUUUUUUUUUUUGGCUGUUCAGAAACCUUCUUGGACAGUUUUGUGAUCUGACUGCUUGUCAGUUUCAGCAUUUACAGUUUGUCCUCAAGGUGGCAUCCUUGAGCUGCGUAAUGCCAUACUCGAAAUGUGAACUUUUUUAGGAGUUUUUAAAAGGAUGCAAAGGUUAUUUUUUGGACAGUUGCCUUAUGUAAUAUAUAUAUAGUAAUAAUAAUAAUUACAACAAUAAGUCAUUAGGGUUUUAUUAGGGUUUUAUUGCUAUGUACCUUGGAGAGAGCUACCUUUUUACCCAAUAAGCAUUUACAACACAGUGUUCAAGAGCUGAUGAUUUUUCUGAUGAAAUGAACACAGCAGAAAUUUUAUAAAGCCCCACUUUUUAGUGACUAGAUUUGAAAAUAUAUUCAGUUUAACAUACUUAGCUUAUAGCUAAAUGCAACAUCUUCACGCCUGAAUUUCAGGUCAGUCAAGGUGACAUUUAGUUGGAAGGAGUGCGUGGAUUUAUUGAGUCACUGGAGCAGUUAAUUGUGCCGCCCUAUUUUGGUCUUGAAACUCACGUGUUGUGGAGUGAAUGCUGUAAACAACAGAAUGGUACGGCUGAGAAGUGUGAACAAAAGGUCAGAGAUGUUCCCCCAGUCUUGCCUCACUUGACCCGAACCAAAGCACCCAGAGCAAAACAAGCAAAGAAGCCUAAGACGCCUUAUUAGAGGAGCUAACGCUGUCGGCCCACAGGCCAGGCGACACCCAUCUCAGGUACCAUUUCCACAUUCAAACAUUGUUUCCAUUUCCCUCUAGAGUGGAAAUUCCUAUUUCUCAGUAGCGGUUCUGCAGACGAUGAAAGCUUUCCGAGGGUGUCGAGUUUCCUCUUGCUGUCCAGUGAAUGUUGUCCGCAUAUCAUGGAUUUUGUGAGCUGUGGCUUUAGAAUGUUUUCAAGUGCAUCUCUGUCUGUGUGCCAGUAGUUCCACUGAAACGUGAGCACGUGGGAACUAUGACGCUGACGCAGUGACUGUAUGACAUUUUUUUCCACUGCCAUUUUGUUAAUAAAAGAAAAAACAAGGUUGAUGGUGUCACGUUUUUAAUGUUCAUAAUCUGUUAAUCUCUUCCUGAAUACAGAGUGAACUACCCUGACAUGAUUGAACAUGACAGGCAGUGACGAAGCUGCAACAGGAGGUGAUCUGUCAUCAUAUGAAAGAUGCAAUGCUAUGUGCAAGUGCAUAUCCUGGAACGAUUGUGUCAUCAUGACUUGUUGAAAUCAGUUUUCCCAUAUUAACAUUUUUUUUUAUUUCAUAAACAGUUUCUAUGUGUACAGUGUGGCUUUAAGUUCUAUAUGUAGCCUAUUUGCCAGAGGUAUUUUUAGAUGUUUUACUUAACAUUUCAACAAUUCUGUGAACAAGAAGUGAAUAACAUGGUAACUGUAAUUAUCCAUUUACAUUCUUUUUAUGUAAGGUUAACUGCCAUGAGAUUUGAUAUCCACUUUCAAAAUAAGAGUAGUUCUUGAAAGUAAUUUUAUUAAACCUUUAUUAUUAUUUUUUACUUCUUGAUGCUAUACAGCUUUCUCAGUCAUUUUAGUCUUCUGUAGCUCUGUUCAUCAUUCCAGACACAAUUAACUGUUCUUAUUUUUAUUUACAGCGUCUUGUUGUCCUACGAAUGAUCUAAAAAUCUGCAACCAGUUUUCAAUAAUGCUUUUAUAUUACUGAAAACAUUCAUUCUGGCCUUUUGACAAGUGAUUCCAAACCUGUGAUUAGAAAAGGGCGUUUUUGAAAUAAUAAAACAUGGAGUCAGUUGUGACAUGUUUACGUGGUGGUGUGAGAGUCAUGCACUGAACAAAAAAAUGAAGUUAAAGACAGUUUCUGAAUGCAGAGCUUUAUUCGUUCCUGGGCUUAUCAUAUAGAUAUCCGCACAAACUGCCUCAAAGCCCACAGCAGUGAAGAAAACACAUGCGAGGGUUAUCUUAUUGCAUUUUGAACACGGAGGGAGAACAUGAACUCUGUUUCUUUCUGAACUGUUACAGAACACUUUGCGUUUAUUUUCUUUCUCUCACUCUCGCUCUCGCUCUUUCUUUCUCCCUCCUAACUGGGGCCUCACCAACCCCAGGAAUCUUCCCAAUCUGUUCAUUAUUGGCGGCAUGUUCAAGCUUUUCUCAUCCAAUGUAACAAAAAUAAUCAAUGACGAAAAAAAAAAA